CGCGCGCUGCGGCGCGGGCGCGGCCGGAGGGGGCAGAGCCGAGCCGAGCCGAGCCCAGCAGCCCCGCAGCGUGCGCCGCCCCGGCCCGGCCCCGGCGGGACCGCGCCGACACCGGCUUCCAGUUGGACCCGAUUCUCUCCCAGCUGCCUCUGCUUCCCUGUUUAAAUCUGCGAUACUAUGUAAAGACAAGUGCCUGUGCAGCUCCUUCAACAGCAGCAGUAGAGGAUGGGGAACAAUCUGCCUGGUCACACCUACUGCAGGAGGGCCACUGGCGCCCCUUUCUUUCAGAGGAGAUCAGUCUGCUGAGAGCCAAGAGCCCUGGUUUUGUUGCUGGUCCCUUUCACGGCCCAGGACUUCAGGAAGAAACUGAAGUGAAAAAGAAGUAACUGGAAAAAAAUUAAAGAGCGAUUGGAGGAACAGAUAAAUUUCUUAACAAGAUCAAGUUUUAAUUAAAUGGCUGAUAAACAGAUCAGUUUACCUGCCAAGCUGAUCAAUGGAGGGAUAGCUGGGCUGAUUGGGGUCACCUGUGUAUUUCCCAUUGACCUGGCAAAAACUCGCCUGCAGAACCAGCAGAAUGGCCAGCGGAUGUACACCAGCAUGUCUGACUGCCUCAUUAAAACAAUUCGGUCGGAAGGCUACUUUGGCAUGUACAGAGGCAAAAGCUGACACUGCUGAAGGAGAUGCUGGCUGGCUGCGGUGCCGGUACCUGCCAGGUGAUUGUCACCACUCCCAUGGAGAUGCUCAAAAUCCAGCUGCAGGAUGCAGGGCGAAUUGGCAGCAAGAGACUGCUGUUGAGCGUCUUGCAGACCAGUGCUCUCUCUGCUACUCUGUAGCGGCGCAGAAGAAACUGAUGGCAGCGCAGGCCCAGCUCUCCUCUUCUUCUGUGGCGGGGGCAGCAGAGCCAGUAGUGGAAACACGUACCACAGCAACACAGAUAACAAGGGAGCUGCUGCGGAGCAAAGGCAUUGCGGGACUCUACAAGGGCCUGGGAGCCACACUGCUAAGGGAUGUUCCAUUCUCCAUUGUUUAUUUCCCACUGUUUGCAAACCUAAACAAGCUGGGACAGAAAGACCCCAAUGUCAAGGCUCCGUUCUAUGUGUCCUUCCUCUCUGGAUGUGUGGCUGGCAGUACGGCUGCGGUGGCUGUCAAUCCCUGUGAUGUGAUCAAAACGCGGCUGCAGUCCUUGCAGAGAGGAGUGAAUGAGGACACCUACUCAGGAAUCCUGGACUGCACCAAGAAGAUCUGGCAGAAGGAAGGGCCCAUGGCCUUCCUGAAAGGGGCAUACUGCCGAGCCCUGGUCAUUGCUCCUCUCUUCGGUAUUGCACAAGUUGUCUACUUCAUUGGCAUCGCAGAGUUCCUGCUGGACAUGCUUCCCAAGCACCGGGCCUAGCCCCAGUGUGCCCUCCUGCCCUCUACAGUACUGAAUUCAUCCUCAUGUUCAUCAUCCGUGUCAAUUGAUGUCAGAGCAACAGCACAAAGGGUUCGCGCAGGGACGCUGGGGGGACAUGGUCUCCAGACAAGGAAAUGCAGGGAGGGAGAGAGUCUUUUCUGUGUCUGUCUGGAACCUGCCCCUUCCCACUCGUUCCAUGGCCAAUACCAAAUUAUGCAUAUAUUUUUUUUCUCUUUUCCUUUUUUUUUUUUUUUUAAAUUGUCAUUCUUAAGGACACCGAAAAGCACAGACUGGGCAUGCAGACCCAGAAGUCUCCUCCCAGCCAUGGGAGGAAGAGGGAUGGGAAAGAAAUAAGCUGAACCCUCAUCCACCUUAGUCCCCCUCUUUCUUCCUGGAGUUGGCAGCUAUCUGAGGCAGAACUGGUGGGGCAGCUGUGUCCUCUCAGCCCUUCCUUGUCUCUGCUGGCUCCAGGUCGAGAGUGUGCACUGUAAAAAGGAGGCUUAUCCAUCACCACUGGAGGCAUGGCAGUGGGGGUGCUGGAUCUGGCAAGCUCCUUGACCUAGAAGUCUUCACCCUUCCCUUCUCCCUUCCUCAAAAAUGAGCUGCGCUUAGAUGAACUUCCUGAAGGUCAGAGGAAGGAAAAGAGGCUCAUUACUAUUGAUUUUUUUUUUUUUAUUAUUUUUUGUUUUAAAGCAAAGGCUUGUCCCUCCUAACCUAGGUGUCAUGGGAACAUCCAGGUGAGGUGCAGAGACAAGAUGUCUGCUCUGUAGAGAAUAUAUACGUGGGAUCACAAAUUUCUGAAGGUGUUUCACUGCUUGGCUACAGGCAGGGGAGGGAGACAAACUUGGGAUCAGUUUAUUUUUGUUUGUAAUGAGUGGGGGGGGUUUUGUUCAUUUGGUUUUUUUAAUGCGGGGGUUGUGGGAAGGGAAAACCAAACAGCAAGAAACCACUUACAUUCCUUAAGUCUGCCCACUCCUGGGGUGUAAAAGCAGUGGCCACAAGUGUAGAUUAGCUGAUUUUUUUGUAUCUUUUUUUUCCCCUCUCAGCCUGGCCCCAGGUGUAUGAAAGGAGGCACCUGACAUGCUUCUGCGGUGCCCAGCCUUGGGGAGCUGUGCUAGAAAUACCAUGCCUUUGUGCUCACCUUGUAAAGUGAAAACACAAGUUCUAGUUGUACUUUGAUGUUUGACUUUGGCGUGUUUGGAGCCAGCUAGUGUUGAAGAGGCGGAAGGUUCCCUCACCCUGAGCAGGGAGCUGCUUGUGUGUACGUGAUUAUGGGGUCAAGUCCUUUGGAUCACAAAACCUUGUCAUCCUGCUCACUUCUGGGGUUGGGAUUAUUGUUGAGUGUCAGGGGGCACAUCCAUACCUACAACCUGCUUUGUCAAAGGGACGCUGCUCCAGCUAACAUCGCUUGUCAGAGGACUUCCUCAUUCAGUAUUCUCAUGGGCUGUGUGAUUAAUUCUAGUUUAAGUGAUGUGAAGUGUGAGAUCGACCACCCCAGCUUGAUCUGCUCCAUUAUUUAUUCCAUUUGAUGCAAUCCACCUGACUUUGGUGUUUAAAUUAAACUGGUUGAAUUCACUUUUUAUUCCUCCUUUUUGCUUUGUUGUCCAGGCAGUUGCUUGGUGUUUGUGUUUCAAAUGCAUAUUUAACUUAAUUAAAAAAAAUAUCCCUGGUUUUAGUGUUCAAGAGAAAACCGCCUCUGUUUCAACAUUCUUGAGUUAGCUUUUUGCAAAACGUGUACGUUGAGGGCCUUCUUCCUUGAUGCUUCCUUUUUCUCCUCAAAAAAGUUGUUCUGUGGCUGAUUUGUUACUUGUCACUUUGCAUAUGUGAAUAAUUUUCUUUAUUUUUCUUUCUUUUCUUAUGACUUCUCUGUGUAUCUGUGAAGGAAUCUGUGCAAAGAAUCUGUGCAAAGAAUCUAUCUGAUGAUAGAUGGCUGUACUGUGUGGUGUAGUGCUGUGAUGUGGAUCUUGCUUUGGAUUUCUCUUGGGCGGAUUAAAAGAGAGAUUUUUUUUUUUUUCCAAGGUGCCCCAUUCCUUGCUGCUUUGUGACUUACAAGUAGGGUCCCCAAAAGAAACCUUGCCAAUAAAACUCUGUGGGUUUCUGCUUGCCCUUUUUCCUGCAAAGAUUGCCCCUGAAGCUGGGUGACUUGUGGCUGCAGGGGGUGGGGUGGGUGGUGUUUAUACUGUGAGGUUAAGUUUGAAGGAAAACUUGGUGGGGUGAAGGGCUGAAAUUCAGGGAAAGCUCUCCUUGUUCUUUCAGAUUCUUUUAAAAAUCUCCCUGUAAAACUGAAUUUUCCACCUGACAUCUCUAGCUCCUCUUCUACCAUGUUGGAGCUGGUGACCUGAAGGGGCUGAUUUUUCACUGUUGGGAUAUGUCCCUCAAUCAAGAGGACAUGGGGAGGUGGCAGGAGGUAGUGACUGUGGCUCCAUAGGAGCCCCCCAGGCAGGCAGGGUGCCGCUGCCCUCAAAAAAUAAGACUUUAAAAUGGGAGAAUUCCCAUAAACUUAAUUAACAGAAACUCAUAAGCAUUGAUUGCAGUACUGAGGAGUAAAAGUAAAUAAAUACACUUGGAGAAGCACACCUCUCUUCCCCUCUCUGCAGAUGUCACUUGUCCCUGGGCAGGGGACAGUAGUCAGCCUGGGAUCAGUCCUACCCCGUCCCUCUGGCAUAGGGUCCUCCACCAACCCCAGGCCCUUUUCAGUCAUACCUUGUCCCAUUUCAGCCCUGUCUCUUGCUCCUGCCCUGACCGUGGAUCUUGUAGCUCCGGUUUGUUUUGAGUUUUAUGGUAUUUACUGCCCUUAAAUACCUUUUGGUGGAGGUGCCCCUGUCAUGAGUUCAAGCAGGUGCCUCGGUUUGGGCUGGUGGAAUGUUGUGGAACACAAUGAGGAACUUUCCUGAAGCCCUGUGGGGAAAUUCCUACAAAGCAAAAGGGAAUUUUCCUGGAAACCAGUAGGGGAAUUCCUGAAAAGCAAAGGGAAACCAUCCUAGACAGUUACAGUAAAAUAUCCUGGGAAAGAAAGGGGAAAUUUACUGCAAGACAAUGUAAGAAUUUUCUUGAAAGCACUGGGGAAAUGCCUCAAAAGCAAAGUGGGGAAGUAUUCUGGAAAUUUGUAGAAAGCAAUAAUGGAACUUCCUGGAAGGCCAUAGCAUGGGGGUAGCCUAGAAAUCAAAGGAGGAAAAUUCCUAGAAAGGAAUUUCCUCAACUACCAGGGAAUUCCUGAAAAGCAAAAGUGACAUUUCUUAAGAAAGUAACGCUGAUAUUUCCUAGAGGGGAAAUUUCCCAGAAACCAAAGGAGGAACUGCUCGAAAUCAGAAUGGAAUUUCCUGCACGGCAAGGUUGAGAUUUCUUGGGAAAAAAUGUCUUGCUUUCUGUGGGGAAACUUCCUAGAAAGCAAUAGAAGGCCUCUAAGCAGAGAGAAAAUUCCUAGGAAGCGAUGGAGGACUCUGGAGAUCACCAAGGAAAUUUCCUGGAAGGUGAUAGGGGGAUUCUUAUGAAGGAAGGAGGAAAUUUCCUGGAAAACUGUACAGGAGGCCCUACUAAAGAGUAGGGAGAAGUUCCAGGAA